UAGAUGACGUAAUCGUGCUGCGGGCUGACAGGUCGCUGCUGCAGAAACGACGCACUCCGCGGACUCGGGCUCGCGUCGCUCCAAAACAUCGCUCUCUUUAUAUGCUUCACUUCCACGGCCACAUUGCGGCUUACAAGUCAGAUCGGAACGAUUACAGUUCAAUUCCGUAUUUUAUCUUUUUAGUGUGCCACUCAGCUGGCCGAUGUUAGCCGUUUCCUGGUUGAAGUUGCAGCCAUUUUGGAUUUUUCCUGAGAAAACAGCGAGCCGGUCGCGGUCCUGGGAGCUGUCGAAGCCCCUUCCUCUACACUGAACAGCAUCUUACCACAGGGAAUACGCUAUACAACGAGUGAACAAUGAAUCCCGAAUAUGAUUAUUUAUUCAAACUGCUCCUGAUUGGUGACUCUGGUGUUGGAAAGUCUUGCCUUCUACUCCGAUUUGCAGAUGAUACAUACACAGAAAGUUACAUUAGCACUAUUGGUGUGGACUUCAAAAUACGAACUAUAGAGCUAGAUGGAAAGACCAUUAAACUUCAGAUUUGGGACACAGCAGGACAGGAAAGGUUUCGUACAAUCACAUCCAGCUACUACAGAGGUGCUCAUGGUAUCAUUGUAGUGUACGACGUCACAGACCAGGAGUCCUUUAACAAUGUCAAACAGUGGCUACAGGAGAUUGAUCGCUAUGCCAGUGAAAAUGUCAACAAGUUAUUGGUUGGGAACAAGUGUGACUUGACGACAAAGAAGGUGGUGGAUUACACAACAGCAAAGGAGUUUGCUGACUCUCUGGGAAUUCCAUUUUUGGAAACCAGUGCCAAAAAUGCCACCAAUGUAGAGCAAGCCUUCAUGACCAUGGCAGCUGAAAUCAAAAAGAGGAUGGGCCCCGGGGCCACGGCCGGAGGGGGGGAGAAGCCCAACGUCAAGUUGACUCCCGGCACUACUGUCAAGACUUCCUCCGGAGGAUGCUGCUGAAAGAAAACCACUCGGACCCCUCCCAACUUUGCCCGUCCUGCCCCCUUACCCUGCAGGCCUGUCCGGCCGGCAGUCACCCCCGUCUAAACUCCACCGUGUCCCAGCGACGCCCCCCCACAACCAGACAGGACAGACAAGAUGAUUCAUGUGUAAGUGAGAACAAGAUAAAGUUGCCUGUAUUUGUACUGUACAUAAUGUAGCCGCACUACCAAAAACAAUUAAAGCAUCCUUCUUGUCAUACUGUCCUGUUAUUGAUGAAAAAUUCUACUGAUAAAUGAUUAUUCAACUUGCCCCCCCCACCCCCCCAUCUCUCAAACAUCUCAGACUUUCAUUCAGCCCAUUGAAUCCAUUGAGAUCAUUGUGUGUGUGUGUGUGUGUGUGUGUGUCUGUGUGUUGUGUGUAAGAAUGUGUAUGUUUCUCUGCAUUCCUACGGCAGGGUUGGUAAAUGAAAUGGUUUAAGUUUUAGUUUUUUUUUUUGUUUUGUUUUUAGGUAUGGACCUUUUUUAUUUUCUUUCUCUUUUCUUUCUGUGAUUACUUUGCUGUGUUUUCCAGCACGUAUCUGUUAGUCUAUUCCCAGUUAAAGAUGUUUUAAAUUUUUACAACCAACUUCUGCACAACACUGUCUCAGCUGUUCUAAAGUCUAGUGCAACAGUAUAUGUACAUAAUUAUUAUGUAUAUAUAUAUAUGUAAAAUUGGGUUUGCCAGUUCUGUUGUGUUAAAUACAUUAUUGAAUUGGUCUUGACUCAUCUCUGCAUUACAUUUGUGGCUGAAGACGACCUUAAAUUUGUUGCUCAACAUGUAAUACUUAAACUGAAAAUAAAUAUUGUACUACCAUACUGUAUGAUACAGGAGAAUUCUUGACAAAAUGUAGAAAGCUAUUUGAUUCAUUCAUUAAUUAUAUAGAAAUGUGGCGUAUUGCUGCCAGAUAAAAUGAGCUUUGCAAAUGGCUGUAUGUAAUCUCAGUACUGAGUUGCAAAUACAGUGUUCUCUUGUUUUCAUAAUAAAGAUAAGUGAAUUGAGUUUGAAAA